AUUAGACCUGCGUACGCUUAGAGUGAAUGAUUAGACCUGCGUACGCUUAGAGUGAAUGAUGGAACUUUGGGGAUUACAGACUAGCGUUAUGUACAUCAGCGCCAUCUGUUGUGCUGUGGUAGCGGGCUUUGAUUGCUGUGCGGAUGGGGAAUACAGCGAUAAAAAUACUGCUAAUGUAUCACGAAGUCUAGACAAUUUGUUGAAGGGCUACGACAAAAGACUGAGACCAUUUUACAAACAACGUGGUAAACCAGCUAUGAUAGGGAUUACAAUGUUUGUGUCUGCCAUAAGUUCAAUAUCAGAGAUUGACAUGAGCUACACAGUCGAUUUCUACUUUCGCCAGUUUUGGACUGAUCCUAGAUUAGCAUUCGAAUUGGACGUUGAUGAGCUUUGUAUAAGUAAUGAUAUGAUCGAAAAGAUCUGGAGGCCCGAUACUUUCUUCGCAAACGCAAAAACAUCCUCGUUUCAUGAUAUUACCAACAAAAAUGCAUUCUUCAGGAUAAAGCCAAGCGGGGACAUCCUACUGAGUCUUAGAUUAACAGUAGUAGCAGCCUGUAACAUGGACCUGAGAUUCUUCCCAAUGGAUACACAGCUAUGCACCCUGGAGAUCGAGAGUUUUGGCUACAAGACAGUUGAUAUAAUGUAUGAAUGGUUAGAUGGACCGAUAAAUUCUAUGGGAAUGUCAAAGGCUAUGGCGCUACCCCAGUUUACCAUAUACGGCUACAGGCUUGUGGAAAGACUUGAAGUGCUGUCUACAGGGAACUAUUCAAGACUCGCAUUAGAGAUGCUCUUUGUUCGUAGCAUGGGUUACUAUCUAAUACAGAUAUAUGUUCCAUCAACUCUCAUUGUCGUGCUAUCCUGGGUUUCCUUCUGGCUCUCGCGAGAAGCUGUCCCAGCGAGAGUAGCACUUGGAAUCACAACAGUUCUCACCAUGACAACCUUGAUUUCCAGUACAAAUGCGGCGCUUCCAAAAAUAAGCUACUUAAAAAGCAUCGAUGUUUAUCUUGUGACAUGUUUUUUGAUGGUGUUUACAUCGUUGUUGGAAUACGCUGCUGUGAGCUAUAUCGGUAAACAAUGUCAAAGGAAAGCGAAGAUGGAGCUCAAGGAUAUGUUUGAACUUGGUAUGCCUCUUAUUGGAAACGGAUUGGCUUAUCCAGCCACGAGGGAGCAAAAUUUAAAUGAUAACGUAAGAGUCUUACAAUGGUUCAAUGCAGAACGUAAGGGAAAAGACAAAGAUUCUUACACAAAACGACGUACAGACUCAACAGACAGUAGUUCUAGUACAGAUAAAGACGAAACAGAUCAACAAUGUGGUGGAACAGGCAGGAAAAAUAAACCAAGUGACAUUGAUAAAUUUGCACGUGUGUUUUUCCCAUCGAUGUUCGUUGUUUUUAGCGUCAUAUACUGGGUGACAUACCUAAAUAUCAGCCAUUCAGGUAUUGACAAUUCAUUCACACGCUUACAACCACCAACUUGAUACAGAACUGUGAUAAUGUUCAGUGAUUUUGAUAUGAGGAUAUACGUCACUAGGUUACGCAUGCGCAAUGCAAACAUGAAACGUACGUCACAUCAGGCCACUUGGAGCAAUGAAUCUGGAUGAUUGGUUAAGAAAUCCGAGUUAUGUUUAAGAUUCAACCUUCCAUUGUGAUUCCCAAAAGAUAUGUUUGCAUGGCUAAAAACCGGGCUAAAAACGCACGUGUUUGAGUAAAAAAGUUGAUGGCAAUACAAGUUGUGGUUUAUGAAGUAUUUGAAGCAAUACACUUUUACUUGCAAGGUAGAAUCUAUAUGUAUAUAAUAAUGCUCAUUUGAGACAAUCAAUGUUGUAACUUAGUCAAUGUAAUUAUGACAGCAACAAAGCACAAUUUAUAUUACAUAUCUCUCCAUUUUCCAUUUAUUUUUGCUGUUGAUGAAACGUCAACUUAACUUUUCGUGUAUUAGGAGUAACAAGAAACGUCUAAAGUCCUUUCGUUAUGGUCCUGUUGCAGAGCAUCUGUUUUUGAUAUAUACGUUGAGACAAUAAUAUAUAAAGUCCUUAAUUUCUUGAAUUUACCAAAUUUUUUUUGAGUUAUAUUUAGUUAAGUUUUUUUUAUUUUCUUAUUUUGCACCAGAUGAUGUUAUGUUAUCAUUCUCAAUGUGGCGAGUAGUGCCAAAAUGGGAAAGACAAAUACAGAAAACACUUAGCAGGAACCACAACACAACUUAAGAAUAAAUGCUUCAUAGCAACAUAGAUGCCAUCUUUUUUAUGUUUUCAAAGUAAAGUUGAAUUCAUGCCAAGGGCUAUUUUAAUGAUACAACUCUUAGGCAAAGGUUAUACAUGUAAAAAGCUUUAGAAAUACAAUUUAAGUUUCGCUUAGAAAUUCAAGUAAUUAAUUUUGGAGUUUCAAGUUUUGCCACUUGAUGCUUUGGGAUGUCAGAAUUAUUUAAGAUUAGCACCAAACUCAGGAUUUUGUCACUUAGCACCUUUUUGGGUUAUGGUUAUGGGAUUAAUGAUGGAGAAAGAAGGGUCGAAACCAGCCAUAGUUUCUCCUGAUGACCAUAGUGAAAUAUUGUGUUUCAUGGAUUAUGACAUUUGCUUUGCGAAUGGAUGUUAACCCUUUAAUAUGAUUAUGGACUUCGAGAUUUUGUCUGUCCCACAUCAUUUGAGAAU